ACUGGACAGCCAGGGCUGGUGAGCCACCUGCCAUCUCCAAGCCCAGCUCUGAGCCAGAGUGGCGGGGGCUCUGCUUCUGCCACCAGCAUGGAACCCAGGAACUGGGCUCCCAGAAGGUGGCUGUGCCCGACCGGGAGCAUGAUGCUCGCCUUCAUCUCUCUGCUCAGCUGCUUACUGGCUGCCAGCGAGGCCAAGGUCUACAGCCGCUGUGAGCUGGCCAGAUUGCUACAGGAAUUGCCUGUGUCUCUCCCCUACUCAGGGAUCUGCCUUGCUUACUUCACAAGUGGCUUUAACACAGCUGCUGUGGACCAUGAGGCAGAUGGAAGCACCAACAACGGCAUCUUCCAGAUCAGCAGCCGGAAGUGGUGCAACAACUUCGAUUUGAAGGCCCCCAACCUAUGCCGGAUGUACUGCACUGACCUGUUGAAGCCUAACCUCAAGGAUACAGUUAUCUGUGCCAUGAAGAUAGCCCAAGGGCCCCGUGGUCUGGCCACCUGGGAGACCUGGAGGCAUCACUGCCAAGGCAAGGACCUUAGCGACUGGGUGGAUGGCUGUGACUUGUAG